CGGCUAUCUUCCUUGUAGUAUUUCAGUGGGCAUUUGCCACCACAUCGUACUGGAAAGGCCGAGUUUUAGCUCCGGUUCCAGAAAAAAACUCGGAACCAGAUCUCAAACCACACAAUCCACGGCUGCUCCUUCGCUGGACACCGAGAAACCGUCAAGGCGCAACGAACGAACUUGCAGCAAAAUUUCCCGGAGACCCUCGAGCAAAAAUCUGGUCUGGUUCAAACUCGCCUUUUGCCUGUGGGCGGCCGCGUUCUUACGGGCCAUGUCGCAGCGCGACGGCGACCUCGCCGCCGGAGCUCAUCCGGAAGAAGGAGACCGCCACGCCGUUCGAAUGGAUGGCUCCGACGAUGAGCUGGACCAACCUACGAGUAAAGCGACUGAGCACAUCACGGCUAUGGACGUGAGGAAGGGGAAGGAUAUGCAAGGGAUCCCCUGGAACGUGAUGCCGACUACAAGGGACAAGUACAGGCAGUCACGGCUGCAGGGGUACGCCAACUUUGAGAACGUGCCUAAUUCCGGAAGGCUUUCUGAGAAGGAAUGCAUGCCUGCAGAGAAAGGCCAACUCUACUACGAGUUUCAGCACAGCACGAGGUCGGUGAAACCGACCAUCCGUCAUUUCCAGUUGAGGAAUUUAGUGUGGGCAACAACAAGGCACGAUGUGUAUCUUAUGUCAAACUUUUCUGUGCUUCAUUGGUCAGCAAUGACUUAUAAGAAGCAAGAAGUCAUUAAUCUUCAAGGACAUGUGACACCGUGCGAGAAGCACCAUCGGAAUCACUACGAGGGUUUUUAUCAGACUCCAGUCAGUACUUUGGCGGUGAAGCAUAACUUGCUUGUUACUGGUGGGUUUCAUGGGGAGAUAAUAUGCAAGUUUCUGGAUCGUCAAGGAGUAAGCUACUGUUGCAAGACAACAAAUGAUGACGACGGUAUUACUAAUUCUCUGGAGAUAUUUGAGAAGCCUAGUGGUUCUCUGCACUUCCUUGCGUCAAACAAUGAUUGUGGACUUAGAGACUUUGACAUGGAAAAGUUUCGAAUAUGCAACCACUUCCAUUUUGCUUGGCCUGUGAAUCAUACAUCGUUGAGCCCAGAUGGUAAACUUGCUGCUAUUGUGGGGGACAGUCCUGAUGGACUUCUGAUUGACGCUAAUUCAGGAAAGACGGUUCACAAACUCCAUGGCCAUUUGGAUUACUCCUUUGCGUCGGCAUGGAAUCCAGACGGCCGAACAUUCGCCACGGGGAACCAAGACAAGACGUGCAGGGUCUGGGACGUCCGCAAUCUCUCCAGAUCAGUUGUUGUAUUGGGUGGCAACAUCGGAGCCGUCAGGUCGAUUCGCUACACGCCAGACGGGAAGUUCAUGGCGAUGACUGAACCCGCGGACUUCAUCCACAUCUUCGAUGUUGAGAGUGGGUACAGCAGGAAGCAGGAGCUGGACUUCUUUGGUGAGAUCGCAGGCAUAUCGUUCAGUCCUGACACUGAAGCUCUCUUUGUCGGUGUGCAUGAUCGCUUCUUCAACUGCUGCCUCCUCCAGUUCAGUCGGCGACGGUUCUACUCGUACCUUGAUUCAACACUGUGAGCUUGUGCUGGUGUAGACCUGUGAGGUCGACAUCACAGGCUUUAGAAGCAAGAAAGUUGUGGCUAUGUUCAUAGGUGUUGCUGUGAAGAAACUGGAGAACGAUACGUUUACUUUUGCUGAACAAGCUGUAGGUAUUCGGCGACCCAUCUUUUCUGGGUGAUCAGAGUCUCAAUUAAGAUUCCCGCUUUCUGUUAUCUAUCCCAUACUUACACCGUACGACUACGAUUAGAUCAUCCUAUCCUACGGGCGAGACGUGAGUCUACGUAAUUGAUUGAGACCUGCUGAGGGCUUUGCUUUCACAUGCAUGCAUAUGUAAUCAUCGAUCAUGGAAUUGCUAAUAAGCUGUCUGUUUGAAACUCAGUUUCAGUUAUUCCUUCUUGUUA